UAUUGAUAAAUGUACACUCACGGAAGGAGUUGUAACCAGGUAAUGUACAGGGAUAGCGAACUUAUGGGUAGAACCCAUUCUUUAGCUAAGCAUAUUCGACAUACUGAGAAGAAGGAAACCCCUUACGCAGAGUCGUACAGGAAAAGAAAAACAAGGUCUGUCAUAAGAGAGCCAAUUACUAAGCAAAACUUGAUUUUAGCUAGGUACCCAGACAUUCCUAUCAGAAGAAAGAUGCGGAAAGGCAGCACUAUUAAUCAUUCUCAAGGAUAUCGUGUCAAUAAUAACAGCUCUGAAGCAACUUUCCAAGACAAGACUUAUCUAUACGAUGCUAGAAAGAGAACUCUAAAUAGGUCAAAUCGAGUGAGCCUAAAGAACAGAAAUGCUAAGAAUGAGAGUGCAGAGAUAUUUAGGCCUUCAAACUGGAGUCAAGCUAGAAAGGAAAUGUCUGAGAACAACUUCUACCUAUGUAGAGAGUAUUAUGACCAAGAAAAAGACAAAAAUUAUUCAGAUUGGUUAAAUAGUAAAAAUAAAUUCAUGGGUAUUCCUUUCAUUGCUACUCGGAAGAAGUCUAAGGACAUUGUCCCACGAUGCAAGGAUCCAGGAGAGUUAGCAUAUCAUCAAUAUUCGAACAAUAAGAACCAAUAUGAUACUUUUGACAAUAAAGAUGAUCCUCGCAGGUCUAAGAUUCUCUCAAAUUUCAAGCAAAUUACUAGAGUAAUCAACAAAAGCUUCAUUAAAUCCAAGGCUAACAAAUUGAAGCGUUAUGACCAAAGCGAUGAUGAUCCUGAAAAACAACGGGAAAAAGCUGAGGAGAGCAAGAAUAUUAGGAAAAUGAACAAAAUCCUUCGUGAACUAUUGGUAAAGGAUACUGUGACUAAGACAAAGGCUUAUCCGACCUUUAAGUAUGUGGAUACCUGAGAUGGGAAGGCGACCUACACCCAGCUUUCAUAAGCUAGAUGAGACUUUCAAUAAAGUUCUCUAAUCC